GGUACGGUCUGGUGACGUAAUGCGCGGGAGCGGAAAACGUGGUUUGGAUUGUGCGGAAAAGGAGCUGAGCUUCACCGGGAGAAAACAUCGUCCGGACCGCGGUGACAUUUAAUAUGGCAGGAGACUGGAAGCCAGGUGAUCUGAUCUUUGCAAAGAUGAAGGGUUAUCCCCACUGGCCAGCAAGAAUUGAUGAAGUACCAGACGGUGCAGUGAAGCCCUCCAACAUCAAGUUGCCCAUUUUCUUCUUCGGAACCCAUGAAACUGCAUUUUUAGGCCCAAAGGACAUCUUUCCCUACCAUGCCAACAAGGAGAAAUACGCCAAACCCAACAAGAGGAAAGGUUUUAAUGAAGGAUUGUGGGAAAUUGAGGAAAAUCCAAAAGUGGAGCUGACGGCACCCAAGCCUGUUUGUCCUGAAAUUCUAUCUGAAAAGGAUUGUGACACCGGCCCAGAAGGAGAGGAUGAAGCGGAAGAUAAGGAAAGGCAAUCCCCAAAAACUGGUCUACCCCCCGUGCUGAUGCGUCCUGGGUGCAUUCAGGUGCCAGGAAGGGAGGAGGAAGAGGAGGGACCCAUGGUGUCUGAACAGGGUCUUCAGAACCCGGAUGAUUCAGGCCAGAGUGAUGUGCCUAAACCAAAGAGAGGAAGAAAAAGAAAGAAUGAUGGUGAGCAGGAGGCUGAAAUGAACGAUGCUCCGCCCGUGAGUCCUGCGAAUCCUGCAGGUGGGGAAGGUCCUAAACGAAGAGGUAGGAAGCCCAAAAGUGAAAAAUUGCUUUUGCUGCAGCAUCAGGACCAGCAAGGCUCUGAAAGAGAAAUAGAUGCCGCCGAGUCAGACAGAAAGAGAAAGAGGACGGCGGAGGACAAGUCCAAGAGCGGCGAGGAAGAUAAGCGGAGGAAAGAGAACGCCAAAGGGAAGGACAGUGAAGGGAAAGAUCCGGAAGCGAAGAAGAAGAAGAAUCUGCAGUCCAAGGAGGCUACCUCCUCAGGCGCCUCAGAUGAUGAGGAGAAGACCAAAGGCAGGAAAAAACAUCAGAACUCUGAAACGGACAAAGAUGCACGUCGGCGGAAAGACGAAGCAAACAAAGAUGACGUAAAGAAGAAUGAAGAGCGGGCCGGAGCCAAGAAAAAGGAAAUAUCCACAGAUGUGAAACUCCAGCGGCUGCAUGGUGAUAUCAAGAUUUCCCUGAAGAUAGACAACCCCGAUGUGAAGAAGUGUCUGGACGCUCUGGAUGAGCUCAGCUCCCUUCAGGUGACCACUCAGCACUUGCAGAAGCAAAGCGAGCUAAUCGCCACUUUAAAAAAGAUCCGACGGUUCAAGGCCAGCCAGGACGUGAUGGACAAAGCCAGCAUGUUGUACAACAAGUUCAAGAGCAUGUUCCUGGUGGGAGAAGGUGACUGCUCGCUCAGCCAGGUGCUCAACAAGUCCUUGGCUGAGCAGCGGCAGCACGAGGAGGCCAAGAAGGGGACGCUGAAGAGAGCGGAGCAAGCGCGGGAAAACAACACAGGGCAUCAACAGGUCUGGUUCUGUUUAAAGCCGCCUCUUAAAAGGCUCUGCCUGCAUAUAUUUGCUCUCCACUUGAAGGUAGGAUUGUGUAAGUGGGGUGAUUUACCUACAAGCCCCUCCUCUCUACCACCGCCAUCUCCGCCUACGCCUGCCGAGCCCCCACCUCCACCCGGCAUCCCCCCACCUCCACCCAGCACCCCCCCACCUCCACCCAGCAUCCCCCCACCUCCACCCAGCAUCCCCCCACCUCCACCCAGCAUCCCCCCACCUCCACCCAGCACCCCCCCACCUCCACCCAGCAUCCCCCCACCUCCACCCAGCAUCCCCCCACCUCCACCCAGCACCCCCCCACCUCCACCCAGCAUCCCCCCACCUCCACCCAGCAUCCCCCCACCUCCACCCAGCAUCCCCCCACCUCCACCCAGCAUCCUCAGUCGCCUGCGCGCCGCGCCUCUUCGCUCGAUUCCCGCAGACUCUCCCGCGCUGUAA